GCAUGUCGUGUGCUUGCAUCGAUUUUUAUGUAAACCCGACAACAUGUCUUGUCAUCAGUCUCCUUUUUCAAUGUUAAAGCAAUGAUGUUUCAAUGUUAACAGCUGCAAUAAGUUUGAGACUUGCAUUUUCAGCUCAUGAUAUGUGUGACAUGUGACAUGGCAUGUGCAAACAUCUUGUGGGGAAAUAAUAGGUAUCUGUCAAAAAGGAGCUGAGAUACAUGCAUAUCAAAGUUAGUAAGUCAUUCUGGAUAAUGCAAUCCCUACCUUGGGAGCCAUCUCUACAUAGUGCAGACCUUUGUAUCAUUUUGGUGUUAAUGCAGAGUAAAUGCUUCACAUGUAGGAUAUAGGUUGGCAAUGCAGCAUAAUUUGUCAUUGCUUUACCAUGAAGUCAGAUAAUCAAAGCAUGUGUAAGUGGUUAAGCAUUUCCAUAACUUUGUGUCUGUUCAUUUCCAAAACUAAGUGUUUGGGAGACUAUUGUUUCAUUAAAAAAGAUACAAACCUGCCACUAAUAGUGUCACCUGAAUUAUAUGAUAUAUGAGUCUGAGGGAGGCGGUUCGCCAUAUUCCUGCAAUUGAAGGAAACCUGGUGAUGCCCUAAGGGUAAUAACCAAGGCAUGGAUAAGCUGAAGAGGGCACUUACUGGUCGUGAAAACGAAACUCCAGAUGAAGAGACUGGUUUCUACACACAACACCUUGUUCCUCAUGGGACCGGUCAAACAGAUCCGCAACAUGUUCGCCAAGACGCGGGCCAUCGCCACCGUGGUGGUGCUCAUCUCCAUCGUGCUCACCAUCGUCGCGGCAGCGCUGGGCAAGAAGGGACUGGUGUUGAUCUUCUGCAUCAUCGAGUUUCUGGCGAUGACCUGGUACUCCAUCUCGUACAUUCCGUUCGCGCGGGACGCCGUGCUCAACACCUUCAAGACGUGCUUGGGCUGAGCUGGCCGACGUGGCCCGUCUUCCGGGGCUCGCGGCGCGCUCCUGCUGUCCGUAGGGCGAGGGGCUGCUGCAGCCGUCCGUCGAGCCGGCCGGCAGAGCACCACACGUUGGGUAGGUCGGGCGCCCGCGUGCGUCGGAGACGGAGACGGGGACAGGGGUGGGACGGCCGCCUGCGGUGACGAGCGUCCCGCGCGGCUGACCCGCCGUCGCUGCCCACGGAGAGGAGGCCGAUCGGCAGGUUGGCGAGCGUCCUGCGCGGCUGACCCGCCGUCGCUGCCCACGGAGAGGAGGCCGAUCGGCAGGUCACGGGGGGGGGGGGGGGAGGGGGCAGAGGAUUGGGAUGUACGCUGGUGUACGCACAGUUCACCGGCAACAUUGCCAGAGAAGUCACCUUUGUCGCCCUGCGUGCAUGCGUGUAUACUGAAGACUUACUGCCGCGCCGGAGGACAGCCUUACAGCUCCCCUGGAUCCGACGUCCGUCCCCACAAACGACCCACCUGGCCCAGGAUGUCCCACAGCUUACGGCAGUGCCGCAUCCGACGGCCACGGGCGAAACGAGCAAGGCAUUGUUGCAAGGAAGCGGGGAGCGGCAGAUUAACGCCACACCGUGGGGAAGCCGUGCUGCUUUAAGAUGGACCAGUUUUCAUUUGCAACUAGAUGGUAGGGCAGGAAUUGCUGAAAAGGCCGUAGAAAUAUGAAUGCGAUACAUUAAUAUUUCUGCAGCUGAGCUACCGAGACGGGAGGGGUUAUCCAGAGACCAACAUGGGCGAAUGCAUGUACUCCAGAUCAAAAUGUGAUUGUAGGGCAGGCAGCGUUGGCGUGCAAUGCACAUUGUGGGUGAACGGUUGUUUUGGUGUUGUGGUGUGAUGCCACCAGGUAAUGGCAUGUGCCCUCCUUGCUUUAUUAGUGUUUGUGGCUGAUACCGCUUCUUCCAUUGAAAGUGCAAAUUUGUCAUGACCGUUGUUCACCUGUGCAAAUAUAUCGUAUUCUUUGAACAGA